UUCAGCUCCACCCUUUGUGCUCAGAAAGUAGGAAGCAGAGGGCGGUUUUGGUGAGCUGGGGAAGCUGGCAGGAGCUUGCCUAUGCCCUCACAGCCUCGGGGGUUUUCUGACCCCUUCUCCCUCCCCCUUUUCUUAGCCCUCAGCAAGCUGCAAGGGGGGCAGGGCUGCAGUACCAAGCGGGCGAUGCUUCCUCCACCCCGGGGAGCUGCGGUCUGGAUGGGUUCAGGAGAGCUGGAUGUGAAGAUGUUGGUUUCCUCCUGCCUCCUUUGCAGCAGCUCUCUCCUGGCUUGUGCCACGGUUUUCUUUGGUUUUCACCUUCACAAGCUGGAUUGUGCCCGGUUCCGAGUCCUGGGGUCUGAUCACCCCAUCACGGCCACCGCGGGAGGGGACGUCGUGUUGCCCUGUCGCCUCUCCCCCCGGCUGAACGCCGAGCACAUGGAGGUGAGGUGGUUCCGCUCCCGGUUUUCCAUCUACGUGCACCUCUACCACAGCGGGCAGGACCACUUCUCCUCCCAGAUGCCCGAAUACCAGGGGAGGACGGAGUUUUUGAAAGGGGGUGUCUCCGAUGGAAACGUUUCCUUGCGGAUCCUCAGGACCAGGCUGAGCGAUGAGGGACAGUACCAGUGUCUCGUUAAAGAUGGGAAUUUUUAUGAAGAAGCCACUCUGGAGCUGAAAGUAGCAGUUUCAGGUUCCAGCCCACUUCUGUCCGUGGAGGAUUACCAAGACGGGGGGAUCCGAGUGGGAUGCCGAGCAGCCGGCUGGUACCCAAAGCCUGAGAUGCUGUGGAGAGAUUUCCAGGGACAGCAGCUUCCUUCCUUUACUGAAUCUGCCUCCCAAGACAAGAACGGCUUCUUCCAGGUGGAAAAGACCAUCAUCAUCCUCAAAAACUCGAAGCAAAACGUGUCCUGUUCUGUCCAGAACACUCGACUUCCCCAGGAGAAGGACUCCUCAAUUUACAUAUCAGAUGCCAUUUUCCCAAAGGUCUCUCCCUGGAUGGUAACUCUCUUUGCCACCCUGGCCGGCUGCUCAGCUUUGCUGAUUUUCUUCCUAUUAAUUUAUCAGCUACGAGCCAAAUAUGUCACAGAACUUGAGAAACGCAGCGCAGAAAUCCGUAAGUACCACGGUUCUUCCGUCCCUGUGGGUAGUUCUGCAGGGAGGACGAACCCUGCGUCUGGAUGCUUGCUUCGUUGCAUGAUGAGAGCUGGGGGGGAGGAAGUGGGGAGGACGCAGUGCUUUUGCUGGGGUCUUGGGGAACAAAUGAAGUGCGCGACUUCGUCGGAACUGGCCAGUUUCGGGGAACGUGAUAUGGAAAUACAGAAACUUGCUGCAGAACUGCGGUGGAGAAAUGCUAUUGUCCCCGUGGAAGAAGUGCACGUCACUCUGGACGCGGACACGGCGCACCCCCAGCUCAUCCUCUCCACGGAUGGGAAGAAGGUGCGGCGAGGAGACACGCGGCAACCCAUGCCUGACAAUCCCGAGCGAUACGACACCUACCACUGUGUCCUGGGCCAGGAGGGAUUUGUCUCGGGGAGAUGCUUCUGGGAGGUGGAUGUGGGGACGGAGGAAGGGGGGGUCUGGGCAAUGGGGGUGGCCAGGGAGUCCAUGAAGAGGAAGGGGUGGAUCAACCCCGCUCCGCAGGAUGGUAUCUUGGCUAUCUUCCACUGCGGGGGCAAGUACUGGGCUCUGACCUCUCCUGACCACACAGCUCUCCUCCUCACCCAGAUGCCCCGAACGAUUAGGGUUUACUUGGACUUUGAGGGACAGAAGGUAGCCUUUUUCAACGCUGACAACCAAGACCUGCUCUUUAGUUUCCCGCUGGCCCCGUUGAGCGGGGAGAAGAUCCGUCCCUGGUUCCGCGUGGGACCAAUUGCCCAGCUCAGCCUGAAGUCACCUCUUCCAGCCCCGCGUGUCUCCAGCAUGGAGGAACCUCUGCUCCCUUCAUGCUUCCCCUUGAAGACCCUCUCCACAGGGCAAAAGACCCCGUGCACACCAGAGGGCAGGGCAUGACCAAAGCUGUCAAAUCCCUGCUGUUGUCUGUAAGUGCCCAAGACUCUUCCAGUUGCAUCGUGCUACUGUGGUGGCCCAAGACUCUUCCAUCCGUGAUUGCACCUCUCCAUCCACCUCAGCAGAACUAUCUCAGCUCCUGCUGUGCGUAGUAACCAGCUAAGGGGUUUUCUGCUCCUAAAUUUACACCCCCAAGCCAGCUGCUUGCUCCCAGAAAUUCUCAUCUGCAACCCUCGGCUAUGCACGGACGCUAAACCAACAAGGGUGCUGGCACCCACCUGAUGUAUGGAAGGAAAACCCCGCCAUGCCACUGGCAGGUUGUGAGGCUGAGAAGCAGGAGCUGUGCUCCUCCACCCUCUUCUUUUUCACGUUGUCUCCAUUCCUGCCAGUCCUGGUGGUGGUGGUUGUUGUGCAUUUCCAGCCAAGGAGCCGCUCCUGCACCAUUCUGACGCCUGCUGCUCCUCCACGUGUUGCAUUGAGCUCACCCGUGUGGACAAGAGAUGCUACUUGGGUAAAGGUGUCCUUGCGGUGUUUUUGGCUGGUGACAGCUUCACAGCCAGGCAAGGCUCCUUCUGAGC